AUGGCUGUAGUGACGCGAAACGACAGCGAUGUGGAGGCACAGUUGAUCUACACUGUCACGCUUCCCUUCUCCUGUGCCAUAGUCUUCUUCAACACGCUCCUCAUUCUGGGCAUCACAUGCAGCCGCCAGCUUCACAACUCGCAACAUUAUUUCUUCUUAAGCCUUCUGGUUGCUGACCUGUGCACAGGUGUGGCCCUUCCCUUCAUACCCUGGAUGGGUCUUAAUCGUCCUCUCAGCUUCUCGGCCUGCCUGCUGGUGCACAUCUUUCCCAACUUCAUCUUCCUGGCCUUCCUCUUUCACUUGGUGCUGGUGCACUACGAGCGAUAUCAGACUAUUGUUAACCCUCUGCGGGGGGGUCAACUCUGGCUACAUCGCCGGUUCUCGAUCACUCUGCUUGCUGUGUGGAUGCUGCCAUUGCUGUUUGCAUUGUUGCCUGCCUUUGGCUGGAAUAACAGGGCCGUUCAUUCAUGCUGUCCAGGACCGAACAGCUCGCAACAUUUAAACUGUGCAGUGUCUUCUGGAGGUGGUUGCUGUUCUUACCGCAACGUCUUUCCAGAUGCUUUCAUCUUUUUGGAGGUAUACGGUCUACUAGCACCUGCCGUCCUUUCCAUUGCUGCCAUGACAUGUCGUGUGUUGUGGAUCACAGGAGAACAGCUAAGGGGCAUUCGACGUCUGCAGCGUGGUGUAGCGAACAAGCAAUGCCUAAGAAGAAUGGACAUGCGUUACGCUUGCUGCGUGGCAGCCAUUUCUUUUGCCUUUCUGGCUUGCUGGGUCCCUUAUAUUGUUUACACUCAUAUGGGCAUGACAUUUUUGCUUAGCCAGGGGGAAAGAACCAGUCGAACUUGCCACAUCGUACUGUCCUGUACUGGAGUUGGGGGCAUGGCGUUGGUUCCCCUCCUUUUGGGACUUGCCAACAGGAAGUACACAGAUCCCGGCAGAAAACUGUUUCGCAAGGUUUGGUACCACUGCAGAAAUACAAAUGUGCAAAUGGACACUAGCCUGUGGAGUGGGAACGGUUUGGACCUGCAUGGUUUCGGCAAGUGGGACCGGGUUGGACCUGCACGGUUUCAGCGAGUGGGACCUCCUGGGUCGCGGGUGGUGGGCUCUCCCUCUUCUUCGUGGAUGUUUGCUCUGUAG